AUGAUUGGAUCAAAUCAGACCAACACCUUCGCCGCAAAAUUUGGCAGAAUGCAUGGACUUCUGGGCUUCCAAAAACGGUACAACUUCAUCCUCUUCGUCAACUUUGCGGGCGCCCUCAUGGGGUUCACCCUAGCUCGCCUAAUGUAUCUCAACUUUGACAAGGUCUUCUGCGGACCGGGCUUCAGCACAACUGAGCGCGCAUUACCCGGCGAGUGUUAUUACUACCGGAACUUCACCGUAGACCGGAUCGGGAUCAUCAUGCAUCUCGCAUGUAUCUUACCUGCAUCAUUCCUCGUCUGUUGGCAGUUCGUCCCCGCCAUCCGGCGCAAAUGGAUCAUCUUUCACCGAAUCAACGGCUAUGGUAUCCUGACCUUAAUGUCUGAGUUCAGACUGGUGGACGAAGCGGCGGAGGAGAUUCUCGCGUUCCUCGGCCUCACCUACGAGAUCGACCUUUGGAACCAUGAAGUCUCCGCUUCUCUCAUGCAUCUCAGCGAGUGCGACCAGGACAUCUUGUCCGAGCUCUACGUUUCUUACUUGAUGCCAACCGCUCGUUCAAUCUGGUGGCAACCCAACUACUAUGACAUCAAGGAAAGACUGAUGGUCGACAAGAAGGAAAAGCGCGUCACUACGAAAAAGAAUGGCGUCGUUGAGAGAAAAGAGGUCAUUACGAAAAGACUCCUAGGCAAGAAAUACCCUCUGUUGGAGAACAAGGCCUGGAGACAAUGCCAUGCCAAAGUGAGCGAGGUCCUUCGAAUUUGGCGCAAAGAUCUCUCGCGUCUCUUCCCCGAGCUUCGACCCGACGACUAUUUGUCAGAAGACGAGCUUGCCGGUGAAGAUGAAGUCACCGUCUCAAUGAGCAUCCGCGGUAGGAAGCGGAAGGCAGAGGCCGCCGCAGAACCCAAACCGAAGAAGCUCAAGACAAUUACGGCUGCUCCUCCAAAGAGCCCCCACGAAUCCAAACCUGUAUGGCAGACUUCCACGCCCUCCCAACGUUGCGCCAUCUCUUUUCUCAUCACGCCCCCUCAGAGCGGUGGGAACAGCCCAGUCCUCGGCAACCUCGACGAUCUCGACGGCAGCGACGACGAUGACCCUGUCCCAAUGGGCAGACGACGAGGCCGUCCGAUCCGCACUCUCGAAGGAACACCACCUACAACAUCCUGCCCUCCGCUCGCCACACUCCUACCUAUUCGCGCCAUGUCCUCCAAGACUGCAGUGGCACUCAAGCAGGAACCCGAGACUAGCGAGGAUGAAGAUGAGGAUAUCCUAACAAUGGGAAGACGACGAGGCCGACCGAUUCGCACUCCUGAGAGAACCACGCCCGCCAUAUCCUGCCCUAUGACCACCACCAAUUUACCCAUACGCGCGAUGUCGUCGAAGCCAGCAGAGGCACCCAAGAAACAGGAUCCUGCGACGCCCGACGACGAGAUCGAGUUCGUCAGCAAAGCCGUUUACGAGGCCGCCGUUGCAGGACGCCAAAAGACGCAGCGAAAGAUCAAGAAACUGGGCAAGAAGAUUAAGAGCCUGAGCAAGAUGAUCGAGAAGCUAAAUGAGGACAUCCAAGCUUGA